CUCUGCAGGAUACAUCUGUUUGCUGCCUGUAUGUCAGGGUGUUGUAAUGGAAGAGGGCUUCAGCUUCUGUGAAAAAGUCUGGAAUCCAAAGGAUUCAUGGCUUCAAGCUGAGGUCCGGACUAAACUUGUGAUUUAAGCUCAGCAGCUUCUCCUGAUUCAAUAAGGUGACAUCAUGAUAGCAGGCCUUUUUAAGAGGGAGAUCAGUGGUAAUGCUUCCAAGCUCAGUGAUUGCACUGCCUGUUCAACAGCAGCCUAACAGGUAUAUUUACCCCCAGGCUGUGGAUGUAUUUCUGAAAUGCAAGGACAAAACUCCAGCAGCCAACUGAGAGCCAUGUCUGGACCUGCUUCUCUCUCUGAUGCCCCUCUGGAUCCUCCGUCCCGCCACGUUAAACAGCAGAAGGAUCAGAAAAUCAACAGCACGUCAUCCUGCAACACAGACCGGUCUGGCCUCAGACAGAAUGGUUACUCUAAGCACAGCCGGGGUGCAGAAAGCCCUCUGAGCUCUGAUCAGGGCUUAGGAGUGACAGAUAUGCAUGGUGGAUAUGCUGUUAAGUGUGAGUCUUUAUUUUUGGAACAGAAUGUAAAACAGAGCAGAGCUGCAGGUGCUGAGCAGCAGGAAGACCGACCCACAGCGAUGCCCCUUCCUGCUGAGAUCCCUUCUGCCAUCUCCCCAAUCCUGGAUGUGUCCUGUGACAGCCAUCUGUCUCAGUAUAUGAAUUCACCAGAAGACACUUCGCUGGAUGUGCUUCGAAUAGUGAAACACAAACCGAGUGCCAUUGUUUUCUGUGAUUACGAAGGCAGCUCUGACAACGAUGUGACUCUUGUAAAUGAGAGUUCUGAUGGGAGGGAGUCUUCCUCAUCCUCAUCCACUUCUAAAGGAGAAGGGGUCGAAGAUGAUGAUGCAGAUGUUGAUGAGUUUCCUGAGACUUUACAAUAUAAGGAAUUUCUGGUCAGUCGACAUCGUAGGAACUUGAACAGAAACAGGAAGUGUCUAAGGAAGAGGCCCGAGCUCCUGUCUCAUGUCCAGACAGCUGACUGGCAAAAGACUUCCAGCAACAGGAGGAGACCAGAAUCAGCAGGGAGCACAGAAGAGGAGGAUGCAUGGCAGGCAUGUGACUCCAUGAUGUUGCUGAUGAAAAAAUUGGAUGGCCUCAAUGAGAGGAGGCAAACGGACCAAAACUCUAACUCCUGCAGCACAUACGACUCUAACGACAGGGAGGAGCAGGAGAAUACUGCAAGUGCUCAGGCUGUGGUCAGGAUGACCGUCAGAUCAGGUCCGGAUCAAGGAGCUCACAAAUUUCUAGAUAAAACAGACCCGCUGAACAGACGUCGCUCCCGACCUUUGACCCGCAGCAGGCCACUGACCCGCUCUUCCUUAACGUCUGCCACGCAUCUCCAAGCUCGUCGUACACGGGUUGCUGCAAAGAUGACCAGUGGAUCAGCAGAGAUUGAGGCAAAGGAGGCUUGUGAUUGGCUUCGAGCAGCGGGGUUUCCACAGUAUGCCCAGCUCUAUCAAGAUUCCCAAUUUCCAGUUAAUAUUUCGGCAGUGAAAAGGGACCAUGACUUUUUGGACCGGGACCUCGUCGAACCUCUGUGUCGACGAUUAAAUACUCUAAACAAGUGUGCAUCCAUGAAACUCGAUGUCAGCCACCCCAAGAAGAAGAGUGAUGAUUCUGAUGAAGAUGAUCCUCUGGCCAUCAGUAAAAGGUGGACAUUUGAGUGGAGCAGCAGACGCUGGUCUCGCCUGCAGGACUUCCUUUUGGAAAGCACCAAUGAUAGCAGCCCAACGGGUCAAGGAGAGGGUCUUCGCAGCACAGUGAGCAGCGAGAGCGUACUGACGGACCUGAGUGAGCAGGAGAUCACUGAGGUCUCCUCGCUCCACAGCGAGGACUCAGCCUCUGCCAUGCCCGACUCUAUUUCCAUGGCGUCCCUGUCUGCGUCCUAUCAACCGCCGAGGGAAUUCCCACACUACAACUCCCUGCCCAUCAAAAGCAGCCGCCAUGGGAGGAGUAAAGCUAAAGAGUUCCUUCGCAAAAUGGAGGUGAUGCGAACCUGGGGGCCGUCGACAAGGAGGAAAAGCUCAAAUCGGAGGCCGCCGCUGGUCAUCAGUGAGCCGGUGUUACAGGGGGAGGAGCCUCAUGCACUUCAGAUGCUUCAUUGCACCCCCAUCAGCCAAUUAGAACACAGCCCAAAACACAACUACCAAACAGAUGAGGUUUCUGAUAGCAAAACAUUGGAAAGCCAGAUCCCAGUGAAUGUUAGUCCAAGCGAAGAAGCUAUGGUGCUCAAUGUUCAGGAGCCUGCGUGUUCAAAGCCACGAGUCUCCAACAAGAGAAGCAGCAUGUACCUGGAGGAUAUGGAGUUACCUUCUCAGGGUAAGAGGACUGAAGGUCAAAGCCAGUUUGGCAGAAACCAGUUUCACUCAUAUGAAAACCUCCUCAUUCACAUCCCCAAAGAUCACAAGCCAGGCACUUUCCCCAAAGCUCUGUCUAUUGAAAGUUUAACACCCUCCCCGAGCGACAGGAACAAUAACCCCCAGUCACAUAGCCAAGCCUCCCCGACUGAGAACGGCCUGCGUGAGUCCUUAUCUAAACCUGCCUGUCCUGGAGCUCCAAGGGGCAGCAGGGUUAGCGUUUAUGACAACGUGCCAGGCUCCCACCUUUAUGCCAGCACCGGGGACCUCCUGGACUUUGAGAAGGAGGACAACCUCUUUCCUCACCUGGACGACAUCCUCCAGCACGUCAGUGGCCUGCAGCAGAUCGUGGACCACUGGAGCCGCAGUGUGCUGCCUGAGGGGGACGCAGGGGAGGAGGAAGGGGAGGGCAGGACCACCCCCAGUGAAGGCGAGAGGGAUGGGGUCUCUUUAAAUGACACAGAUUCAACGGGGACCAGUCGGGAGAGGCGGGACUCUGGAGUCGGUGCAUCACUUACAAGACCUCGUUUCAGAACGUCUGAUCAUCUCAACCAGCCGGCAUCAUCGCUGCAGAUCAGCAGCCAGUCAGCGGGCCAGCUGAGCCUGCUCCAGAAGUUUUCUCUGCUCCGCCUCACCGCCAUCAUGGAGAAAUACUCCAUGUCCAACAAACAUGGCUGGACCUGGUCCGUACCGAAGUUUAUGAAGCGUAUGAAGGUGCCAGACUACAAAGAGAAGAGUGUGUUUGGUGUUCCUCUCAUUGUUCAUGUCCAGCGCUGUGGGUUUCCACUUCCUAUGUGUUUACAGCAGGCCCUCAGCCACCUCAGGACUUACUGUCUGGACCAGGUGGGAUUAUUCCGGAAGUCUGGUGUCAAGUCCCGGAUUCAGGCUUUGAGGCAGCAGUGUGAGUUGUCCCCUGACUGUGUGAACUACGAGGACCAAUCUGCGUACGAUGUGGCCGACAUGGUCAAACAGUUCUUCAGGGACUUACCUGAACCUCUGCUCACAAGCAAACUGGGGGAAACAUUUCUUCAUAUUUAUCAGUAUGUUCCAAAAGAACAGCGGUUGCAGGCCGUCAGGGCAGCCAUUUUGUUGAUGCCCGAUGAGAACAGGGAGGUUCUGCAGACAUUGCUCUACUUCCUGCGUGACGUUGCCUCCUUGGUAGAAGAGAACCAAAUGACGCCGAUGAACCUGGCUGUUUGUCUGGGGCCCUCACUGUUCCACCUCAGCAUACUGAAGAACGAGACGCUUUCACCAAGGUCAAUCCAGAGGAAGUACGCUACAGGCCGUCCUGAUCAGAAAGACCUGAGUGAGAACCUCGCCGCCAGCCAAGGCCUGGCACACAUGAUCUCAGAGUGCCAACACCUCUUUCAGAUCCCAGAGGAAAUGGUGACCCAGUCUCGCAACUCCUACAUGGAAGCUGCUCUAAUGGUUCCUCCUCUGGAGGAGCUGUGCAAGGUCCAGGAGGAGGAAGAUGUAGAUGAGGAGGUGGAGGAAGAGGAGGAGGAUGAGGAAGCAUCCUAUAAUGCACAUAUAGAAAGGCUGAUCCAGAACCUGCUAAAAGAGGCCAAGGAUAAGAGCAAAGGCUGGGUGUCCCGCUCGUCGUCUGACAAUACGGAGCUGGCAUUUAAAAAGGUUGGCGAUGGGAACCCUCUGAGGCGGUGGCGAGUUUGUCUGGAGGUUUCAGCAUCUCCCCACGAGGUGCUGCAGCGCCUCCUGAAGGAGCGUUCACUGUGGCAAACGGAGCUCCAGCAGGAGAAGGUUCUGGAGACACUGGACAAACAGACAGAUGUGUAUCAUUACUCCUGCUGCAAUAUGGCACCUCAGCCCAGCUGUGACUACGUGGUACUGAGAUCGUGGCGUACAGACCUUUGUAAAGAAUCCUGCGCGCUGGUGUGCGUGUCGGUCGAGCAUGACGACAGCCCGUGUGUUGGAGCUGUGAGGGGGGUUGUGUUGGAGUCACAAUACCUCCUUGAGCCAUGUGGGAUGGGGAAGACCAGGCUAACACACAUCACCAGAGUUGAUCUCAGGGGAAGAUCUCCGGAGUGGUACAACAAAGCGUUUGGCCAUUUGUGUGUUAAUGAAGCCCAGAGGAUCCGCUCUUCGUUCCUCCCAGCAGAUCAGAGUCCUGAGUCGAAAACAUAAUGCUUUACCUUGAAAACCAGUUUAAUCAUUCAGGCAAUCUUUUCUUGGUGCUGAGCUACAGUUCUGGUCAGAGCUACACUCCCAGCAAUUUGGGGCUUUUAAAGUUUUAUAUUCCUAAUUUAAUAUGUCUUUUAUUUCUAAAUAGACUAAUCAUAAAACAACAAUCUUGAAUGAUUUGUGAAAGGAAGAAUUUGGUGUGAAUUUAUUAUGGAUUUUCUGUAUUGAAAACAAGGUCCAAUAUAUAGUGGUUCUAGCGCACACACACACACCCUGAAUAAAAUAAAUACAUUUUCCCUGCCUGGGUGCCAAUUCCUUACGUAAUUCGGCAAACAGAAAUGUCCUCUAGUGAAAAAAUAGUCUAAUCCUUGCUUUUACGCCUUGUCUAUAAUUGUUUUUUAUUGUACAGUGGUCAGUGCCAGUCCACAAAUUUAAUGUUAACCUCCUAAUCUAACCUAAAACCAGUCUGGAUAGGUGAAUAUAUUAUAAUUUUUCUGUUGCAACACCCAUAUAUGGCCAUAUUGCUACCAUCCAGAUGUUAGAUUGAGGUGAGGUUUGAAAGAUAGUACUUUAUUAUUUUAUCCACUCUGUGCAAUUUAUAAGUAACACUGACAAAUACAACACAAACCCUCAAUACCGGUACCAUCAUGCUAAACAGUCGGUCCAGGAUUCUUAGGCUUGAAACUUUUCUUAUCUAAGUAUAGCACUUUUAUCUAGAAGCCUUGUCCAAAUGGGCAGCUAUAAAUGAGUGCUUUUAACACCCCUCCAGUCCAUUCUUAUACGAGUCAUUUUUUUCGGAUGGUUAACUGGCGUUUCCAAAAGUUCCAAAAACAUAAAAAAAUAUAUUUUUUAAUUGACAAAGCUAACAUUUAGCUUUAGGAAAUAAAUCCCUUUAAAAAGCUUGACCAAUUUGCCCGAUUUAUUUAAACAUCAGUAUAUAUGUUAGAGAUUGUAUGUAUAAUUUGGACCCUGUGUUGGUUGUAGCAAAUCAACAAGAAAUUGCGACUUGCGCAUUGACACUAUAGGAACUAUCAAUGAAGCACAUAAAAGAAAAACGCCCCCUGUUGGACAAAGAGCAAAUCAAAUAAAUCAUUAAAAGCCCUAAAUUAAACUCCUGUAUAUGCUGAGUGAACAUAAAUCUCUGACCAAGACUGUACAUUAUACUGAGUUGGCACAUAAAAGGAGAGACUUUUUAUUGUCAUUUGAGGUAUUUUUUUUUAACAUACUUUAAUUUAUAUAAUAAAUUAUGAGAUUUUUUUUUAAUCUGUUUUGAUUCACAGUUUCAAGAUUAUUAUUUCCAGUUCUAAAUGCGAAACAAGAUAUUCAAUCGUUAGAAAAGAAAAAUAAUUUUGCAAGUACUUAUAGCCAUGCGCAUUAUUAAUGGGAUGAUGUCUUGUAGAUAGAAAAUCAAUUCUCUAUUUAUUGUUUUGGUUUGUUCUUCCAAGUCCUCAGCAUCUAUUGUAAUAUCUUAAACAAAACACUGAGCUAUGAUAAGAUCUCACUCUAAACUCUGUUAUUGGAGAACCUAUUUUAAGAUUUUCAUUUCAUAAGAAUUGAUUCUCCAGUCACAGAUUGAAGCACAUAUAUUAAGAUAACUGUUAUUUAUUAUAUUGAAAUUUAUCUGACUCUGUAAAACAUCACAACAACUGGUUGUUUUAGAUUUGUUGUUAUAUUUAGCUGCAAAAGCCAUUUUUUUACCCCAUAAUCGGACUUUAUACUAGUGAAUUCUACACAAACGACACAAAUGAGAAACAGCUCCAGCUUUUACCGUUCCUCCAUUUGCACUUACCCAUCAAAAAAAGAUAAUUACACAGAAAUAUAACAAAUUCAAAAAAGCAACGAAAUGCAGCUACAGGUCAGCAGCGUCUUGUAAAAAGUCCAUUUUGUCUCAUAUAGAAGGACCACACAUUGAUUCAGCAACACGUCAAAGGGGACGCAGUCACCAGGGUCCAUAAAUAUGCUUUGAAUAUUUCCUGUACAAAUUCCCGGAUGGUUUCCUCUUUCAGUCGCCCACUUUCAGUGUUAAUCCUAUCCGAAGGUGUCAUUGUAUUUCUGUGUUUGGUAUUAUAGUUGUUGUUUUUUUCUUUUUCAUGUUAUACAAUGUCUAAGACAUGAGACCAUUUCACUGCUUCUGGGAAGCAUGUUUGAAACCUAGUGUGUGUGCAUGGUUGUGCCUGUGUAUCUGCAUUUCAAACACACGUACAGCCUGUACUGUAAACUCUCUGCAGCGCUCCCUGUGCCAUCACAGCUCUUCAGGGUCUUCCUAUCAUAUUGAUAAGCUGAAAUGUCAAAAAAAAUUCCAAACACCAUCAGUAGAGAAGCAAUAGCAGAUGAAAAGAAACAACACUCCACUGUGGUACUGCCCUGGCUUUUAUGUUUGUUUCCGCUGUAGGCAGCAUUGCCAUGGUGUUGCUAUGAUAUAAUAUUAUCUCCACAGUGCCGCCAUAAUCCUCGAGCAGAUGCCUUUUGCUGGGUGACAGCAGCGCGUGUGCAUGUGUGCGUAAGUAAGGACUGAAUGACUCUGACUUGAGGCCUCUGCUGUUUGCUGAGAGGCUCCAGACUUGGCUUAGAGCAGGAGGAUUUAUGCUUGUUAUUUUUGAAAGCGAGUGAAAACAAAAAUGUUGUUUCUAAAGAGAGGAAUAAAAGUCUA